AUGCAAGCCCUUCGUCGCUCCCUUGUCCCUCUGACUAGGUCACACCUACGGCCGCCCGCAAACUGCCACAGAAAAUGGGUGUAUAGAACUCAAGCAACAGUAGCAUCCUCUGGACCCGCGGCCACUGCGACAAACCGUGCUGAGGCGACGCUCAAACGGUUCUGGAAGACAGUUGGAAUCGAAGAGCGUGAUGAUGCCUUUGCCGUUACGCUAGACAAACGGCCGCUUCGAACGCCUGCCGGGAAGCCUCUCUUGUUGCCCAAGAACAAGAGGCUGGUGGCGACUUUGAUUGCGUCGGAAUGGGAGAACCAGGAGACACUGCUGAAGCCCCAUACUCUACCCAUGACGUCCCUUACGUCGAGAGCCAUCGACGCAUUCUCAGACGACGAACAGACGCGCGGCGAAGUGCGUGCACAGCUGCUCAAAUAUUUUGAGACGGAUACUAUCUGUUUCCUCCAAAACAAGCCUGCGGCUCUCGUCAAGCUGCAAGACACCCAUUGGAAGCCUAUCCUGCAGUGGGCUCGCUCUACAUUCGGCGUGGAGAUCAGUACGUCGGACUCCUUCAUCCUGAGCCCGCAUCCACCAGAAACCGUGCACGUCUUGAACGACGUCAUGUCAAAAUUCGACCACUGGCAGAUGGCUGCGAUGGAACGCACGACAUACACUUCAAAGUCGUUCCUGAUUGCACUGGCCUUGGUCAUGCGGCAAAUCACGGCUGAACAAGCAGCGUUGGCAUCACACGUCGAGGUGAACAGCCAGAUCGAGCUAUGGGGUGAAGUAGAAGACUCACACGACGUCGACUAUCACGACGUGCGCAGACAACUGGGAAGUGCCGCAUGCCUGCUUUCCAGCCUAUGA